CCCCAGCUUACUUAGAAACUAAUAACAAUAAGCUCUAUGGAUUAGUGUUAAAAUGUCAAAUGUCAAUUUGCAAAAUAUUGUCAAACAUGGGGGUGCAACGGAAAAAGGCUUUAGAGUGUUUAAAAUGUAAAUAAUUCCACAACACCAGUAUCCGGUCUGGCCAUCCUGUCCAGAUUAAAACCACAUACAUUUCUGAACAGACCCCACAGCACAAAAUGCCGACCGGUACUGGUUUAGCUAAAGCUUUCUUCUCGUUGUUAUCUAACAAAGUAUACUGCAGCACUUCCAUAGGUAGGGACAACGGUUUCGGGCACAACUACAUUUGGGCGAGUUCUUUAGAAUCUGGUAUACAGCUAGCAUCCCGCCAUAAGAAACCCAUGAUGGUCAUCAUACACAAGUCUUGGUGUACCGCGUGCAAAAAUCUGAAGCCAAAGUUCGCUAAUUGCCCUGAAAUUCAGUCGUUGAGCAGAAAGUUCGUUAUGGUUAAUUUAAUAGAUGAUGAGGAACCCGAUAACAAUGCUUAUGCUCCAGAUGGUACUUACAUACCCAGGAUCCUAUUUAUGUCACCGACAGGCAAAAUAGACAAAGAAAUCUACAACGAGGACGGCAGUAGUCAGCACAAGUUUUUCUACAGCCGACCGGAGCAAAUCGCCAAGUCCAUGAGGAAGGUCCUCGAAAAGUAUCAUCUCGAGAAGUUCGAUGUAUGAAGCACCUUUAUGAAAAUACUGGUAUUACUGAUUUGAAUUCCGAAUAUGGAAAUGUGACUCUUUUCAGUGAUUGGAUGGGCGAGGCACCAGUAACGUCUGCGUCUCCGAAUUUGAAUCACCUACUUUUUACCACGCUUCGGUAACUGAAACUUGCAUACGAAACGAAAAUUUGAGACAUUGACGUAAAUAAAAUAAGU